GUCUACCAUCUACGUAAAUCUCAGGAGCAUUGUCUUAUUAUUCGUCACACCAUUCCGACCUCGUUCAAAUAGGGCAGUUAUACAUGUACUUGGAUGUCUGUCCAACCCAUAGCAAAGCCCAUAACUCCGACUCCGAAGAAGAUCAACAGUUGCGAUGCCUGUCGCUCUAGGAAGGUCCGGUGUGAACGACUCUUUCAGACAGAGGCACCACGACCUGGACCGUCGGUAGGUCAGCCGUCUCUACCGCCAUGUCGGCAAUGCGCCGAUUUGGGCAUUGAAUGUACUACCACCUGGCGACCUAAGAGGCGCGGACCCCCAAACGAAUAUUUAAAGAAGCUCAUGGCUUCCGAUACAGAUAGUCAAUCGCAUCCGGUCCCCGUCCCCGUACCGAUGACCACCAUACCCUCUCUCCCCGACAGCGCCUCUUUAUCGCCAGUAUUGCAUUCUCCCUUAAACCGCUACAUCCCAGUUUCCCCACUUUCAGCCCGGCCGACCAGCCACCAACCCCAUUCGCUGGAAGAUAUCAUUGAAAGAAAUGUGGCGAUGUCCAUAUUUGCGCUCUUCUUCGACUAUGUACAUCCCUUGACGCCCUGCCUUCAUCGACCCACAUUUCUAAUGGAGGUACAAACUAUGAGAGACGAGAAAGAGCCGGUGUUCUUGGCUUUGGUGUUGAGCGUGUUAGCCUCUGCCAUGGUCCAGAUACCCAAACCCUUGUUGCCCACUAUCAACAAUUGCCCGGGGAGAGAAGUGGCAGACCGCUGCUACCAAGUUUCCCGGCUUGUCUCGCUGAACACCUACGAACCGCCGACAAUUGAGAUGGUCAUCCUGAGAUUCCUCGAUUCGGUGUAUCACAUAGUAUCAGGUCGACUAGGCGCUCACGCCGCAAGUUGGGGAGAAGCAUUACAGCUCGGUGUAUCUUUGGGCAUACAUCGUGAAGCCAGUUAUGCUGGGCUAGAUCCAAUAAGUGCCGAAGUCCGAAGAAGGAUGUUUGGUUUGUUAUUCACAUCUGACAAGGCUGCAGCUUGCUUGAGAGAUCGGCCAAUAUUCCUCCCAACGGAAGAUUGCGACACGCUCAUGCCGAAAGCAGUGGACGACGAGUAUAUCACUCGUACAGAAUAUCGUACUUUUCCGGUCUAUGAGACUUCCACGAUUGCAGGAUUCAAUAUCGCUACAAGGGUCUUUGGGAUCAUCGGAGAAACUCUUUUGCUACAACGUACUGUCCGGCGUCAGUCCCCUCUUGCGCCGGAGGACAUACUAGCCAGACUCAGACGAGUCAAAGCCAUUUCCGAGGAUCUUGCAGAAGUCUUGAUCGACAUCCCUGCCGCUCUGAGGUUGGCAGACACCCCAGCUCCCUUGCAGUUACGAACCAAUACUCAGGAUUGGGGUCAAGAUAUCUUUGCUCAAUUGGAUUUGUACUUUGCCCAACCUGAGUCGUCUCGAUCAAUCGCCAAAGAAUCAUUUUUGGUGCUCAAAGGGAAUAUAUACGUCACACACGCUUUGGCAAGAUUCGCGCUCAUCGGCUGUAGGGAUGAGAUUAUGGGGCAAACAAACUCGCUAGGCGGCGUUACUCGGACUGCUACAGAGACGAUCGUCACAUAUUUGUACGAUACUCUGGAUCGAUAUGAGACCGUCAUUGUAGAUCUGCUCAAGGCGUUACACAGUAUACCAGUACAAAGUCUCGCAGUCAAUGGACCGUCACUAGUCAACAAGAUCCGAUAUGUCGCCGUAUCCCUCUUGGACGCUUUGGAUGCCAACAACCCAGUCAGCCCAGAGGGGGCGUACUUGCUUGAUUUCUUAGCCAUCUUAUCGGAGAUUGAACAGACUCUAUAAUACCUUUACAUAUUGCUUCGAAAGUCACGCCGAGAGAAAGCUUUGAUGUACGCGUGAUGACUCGCGUGGGUUAUAUGUACUAUUAUGCAUAUCAACUUGCUGUCUUACAUGUAACGUGCAGCAAGGCUACGAAGUACG